UUUUUUUUUUUUUGGUUGUUCUACCUGCUGGUAGGUCCGCCCGCCGUCCCCACCACCGUCCCCACCAUGGGCCUGGAGCUCUACCUGGACCUUAUGUCCCAGCCCUGCCGCGCAGUCUACAUCUUUGCCAAGAAGAACGGCAUCCCCUUCCAGCUGCGCACGGUGGAACUGCUCAAAGGCCAGCACUACACUGAUUCCUUUGCUCAGAUCAACCCCCUGAGGAAGGUGCCAGCCUUAAAGGAUGGAGACUUCACCUUGGCCGAGAGUGUGGCCAUUCUGCUGUAUCUGAGUCGCAAGUACAAGACCCCUGACCACUGGUAUCCCCAGGACCUGCAGGCCCGGGCCCGGGUGGAUGAGUUCCUGUCCUGGCAGCACACGGCCUUGCGGAGUUGCUGCUCACGGGCCAUGUGGCAGAAGAUGAUGUUCCCUGUUGUGAUGCGUCAGCCAGUGCCCCAGGAGACGUUGCUGUCCACUUUGGCUGAGCUGGACAGCUGCCUGCAGCUGCUCGAGGACAAGUUCCUUCGAGACCAGGACUUCCUCACUGGUCCCCAAAUCUCUGUGGCUGACUUGAUGGCCAUCACAGAACUGAUGCAUCCUGUCAGUGCUGGCUGCCAGAUCUUCGAAAGCCGACCCAAGCUGGCCGCAUGGCGCAGGCGUGUGGAGGCCGUGGUGGGGGAAGACCUCUUCCGGGAGGCCCAUGCAGUUGUCCUGAAGGCCAAGGACACACCUCCGCUGGACCCUGCGAUGAAGGAGAAGUUUCAGCACUUAAUGCGGCUUUUGUUGCAGUGAGCAGCUGGCCUGGGCCUGUGAAGCCACCAAGGGAAGGGCUGGGUUGUUGGAAUAAAGCAACGGGGCUGGGGCUGGGGAUUCAGCUCAGCUGCACAGCGUCUGCCUGGCAAGCGCAAGGUUGUGAGCUCAGUUCCCGGUACCAGAAAAAAUAAAUAAAUAAAUAAGUAAAUAAUGCCACAGGACUGCCUGACUCCUUGUGUGUGGGUUGGACAUGUCCACAGGUCUCUGGUCCACAGUUCCCUCCAGACAUCAUGGUGCCAUUCCGUUGUGUCCUCCCUCAUCUGACUUCCACAUCUGACUUCCACAUGCCUUUGGGGAGAACUUUAGUACAUGCUUAGGUGGCCUUGUCCCUCUUCUUUUGAAACAUUCCACACAAAACCCCCAAAUGAUUGUAAAAGUCAAUUUAAACUAACCAAUGCUAUCUGCUUCUGUAACUUCGCUUGCAAAGGCCCGCCUUUGUGGUUUUUGGGUUUAAAAGCCGGACUUAACCCCAGCUCGGCGCUCUCUGUUCCUGCGUGUUCAGUUAGCCCCACGCAUGCCUGGUAAAUAAACUCCCCUUGCUUAUUGCAUGAGA